UUAUUGUCCCUCCAUUUCCUUUAGUGGUGGUGGUGGUGGUGCUGCAGUUUUGCUUGUUUGUUUCUUUUAUCACUGUGCUGUUGUAUAUUUAUUCUGUUUUUUUUCCUUUUACAAUUACUGACAUUUUAGACGACUUUGGACAACGGAACAAAGAAAGUUUUUUAUUGACGUUAAAUACAGCAGCGAGGUUCAUUAAGUCGCUGGUUUGUAGACGAAUCGUAGAGACAUGUUGUAACUCAUUAGCUUUCAACGGGAGAGGUGGAAUGAGAAAACCCUGGUACGUAUGGAGUCAGACAGAAAGAGAGACCGCCGCAGCUGGGACUGGAGUAGUCCACACUGCCGAACUCAGCUAGACGACAUUUUCUUCCGCCACCAUGACUACAUCCAGGCCGGCAGCGCGGAGCAUAGGGAGUUCUGGACUUUCUUCGACCGAUUCCAGAGGUUUAAAACAAAGAAGGACAUGUGUUCCUCAGAAGGAGGUAGUCGAAAUGCCGAGGAUGCUAAAAGAAAAGACAAGGGAAAAUCGUCCAAAAUGGAUAUUGGUCUUCCUGUGGAGUACGAUGCUCGCUACCGCAUCAACUUGUCGGUUUGCACCAGGGACAUCGAGGAGCGCCUUGGGAAAACAGGGCACCGGAGCAGAGAUAAAUCAUCUGGGCCUGGUGAUCAGGAGAUCGCAGACUGCCGACUGACUCUGCUGCAUUUUCUGGACUUCUGGCAAAAGCAGAGCUUUAGCAAACUGGCAAAACUCCGUCGCGAACAAAAAAAUCUUCCAAUCUACCAGUACCGGGACAAGAUAGUGGAGCUCGUGCGAAGACACCGAGUGGUUGUGGUGGCGGGGGACACAGGCUGUGGGAAAUCAACCCAAGUUCCUCAGUAUCUUCUCUCUGCAGGCUUCAGCUACAUCGCCUGCACCGAGCCUCGAAGAAUUGCAUGCAUCUCCCUAGCAAAGAGAGUCAGCUUUGAGAGUCUCAAUCAGUAUGGCUCAAAGGUAGGAUACCAAAUCCGCUUUGAAGGCAGCCGGACCACAGCCACCAAACUGCUGUUCCUGACAGAGGGGCUGCUGCUGCGUCAGAUCCAGCAUGACAGGACACUGGCCCAGUACCAAGUGGUGAUAGUGGACGAGGUCCAUGAGAGACACCUUCACUGCGACUUCCUUCUUGGGGUUCUACGCACUUUGGUGUCUGAACGUCCAGACCUAUGUCUCGUUCUCAUGUCUGCCACAAUCAACAUCAAACUUUUCUCUAACUAUUUUGGAGGUGCACCAGUGCUGCAGGUGCCAGGCAGACUGUUUCCUAUACAGGUGAUUUAUCAGCCCAUUCCACCUGAGGAACAGCCCUCACGUUCAGAGAAACUGGAUCCCAGACCUUACCUUCGCAUCCUGCAGGGAAUCGACCACCGUUACCCACCUGAGGAACGAGGCGACCUGCUUCUUUUUCUCAGUGGUGUGGCAGAAAUAUCCACCAUACAGGAAGCGUGUCAGGUUUAUGCCACGCACACUCGUCGUUGGAUAGUGUUACCGCUUCACAGCACGCUCUCUCUGGCCCAGCAGGAUAAGGUGUUUGACAUCUCACCUCCUGGAGUGAGGAAAUGUAUCAUCGCCACCAAUAUCGCUGAAACCUCUGUUACUAUCGACGGAGUACGUUUUGUUGUAGACUCAGGCAAAGUCAAGGAAAUGAGUUUUGAUCCCAAGGCUAAGAUGCAGCGUCUGCAGGAGUUCUGGAUCAGCAGAGCCAGUUCUGAGCAGAGAAAAGGUCGAGCCGGACGCACAGGUCCAGGAAUUUGUUACCGCUUAUAUGCAGAGUCUGACUAUGAUGCCUUUGCACCCUACCCCGUUCCUGAAAUCCACAGAGUGGCUCUGGACUCCCUCAUCCUCCAGAUGAAGAGCAUGGGACUCGGAGAUCCUCUUUCCUUCGUCUUUAUUGAUCCACCUCCUGCUUCCAGUAUUCAGACCGCAGUAACUUACCUUAAAGAGCAGGGGGCGCUCGACAACAAUGGAGACCUGACAUCUAUUGGCAAUUUACUGUCACAACUUCCAGUGGAUGUUGUAAUUGGAAAGAUGCUGGUUCUAGGCUCCGUGUUUAAUUUGGUGGAGCCAGUGUUGACCGUAGCGGCGGCUCUCAGCGUUCAGUCACCGUUUCUGCGCAGCUCACAGCAAAAUCCUGACUGCUCCACAGCCUGCCAGCCCCUGCACAGCAACCAGGGAGACCCCUUCACGCUGCUCAACACUUUUAAUGCCUGGGUGGAGGUGAAGGGAGAAAGAGGUGGAGGCUCAAGGAAGUGGUGCAGGAGGCGGGGCUUAGAGGAACAGAGACUUUAUGAGAUGGUCAACCUCCGCAGACAGUUCCGGGACCUGCUCAGAAGCCACAGCCUACUGGAAGGAGAGCGCAACGCUGCCCCUGAUGGAGAUCGUGGGCAGCGCAGGGAGAGGCUCACAGAGAGGAGGAAGCUGCAUCAGCUGAAGAGAGACCAUGAGCAUCAGGAGAAGAGUAAGCGUAAAGUCCUGAAGUUGGAGGAGGGACAGGAUGGAGAUAUGUCCUCAGGAUCAGACACUGAGGACACACGAAGAAGGAAAAAGGACAAGGAAGGGUCAGGCCAGGAUGUAGACAUUCAGGAAGUUAAGUUCAAGUUGCGUCACAACAUGUCAGAGCUGCAGGAGGCCGUCACUGUCAGUCAGGACAUGUCCUCCCGUCAUCAGGCUCUGCUCAAGCUUCUGUUGUGUCGAGGCCUUUACCCUCAGCUGGCGAUCCCUGAUGAACACAACACCACCCGCAAAGACUCAGACCAGGUGUUUCACACGAAAAAUAAGCAGGGAGUGGUGAUUCACCCGACCAGUGUGUUUGCCAGUGACCCAGAGGUCCUCCAUGUUCCUGAGCAUGAUGCUAGAGAAACGGGUCCUGAUCACAAGGAAAGCACCAAACAUCAGCUGCUAGCCUUUGUCACUCUGCUGGAGACCAACAAGCCAUAUUUGUCCAACUGUGUGCGGAUUCCAGCCCUGCAGACUCUGCUGCUUGUUGCCAACUCUGUGGACAGCAAUGCGGACUGCACACGUCUGGUAGUGGACGGCUGGCUGGAGGUGGAGUUGAAGGAGCCAGAGGAGGCUCUGAAGGUGCUGUCCACAGCUUUAACCCUCAGGACGGAGUGGGAGCGUGUCCUGCAGGUCCAGCUGGGACAGAGCGCACAGGCAGAAUCAGCAGCUCCAGGAGUGUCUCGCAAAGCCUUGGAGAAGCUGAUCGACGGCUUGGUCCGGUUCCUGCUCUACACCGAGGUCAUUUACUGUCUGCAGCGACUGACAGCUCUGCAGAUCCAGAACCUCUACAUCGGCCCUUCAUCUGACCUGUCUCGUAGCAAAAUUCCAGAUGUGAACCCUCUGUUUCCAGGAGCCAAACUCAAGCCACACCACAUUAAAGGAGGUCUCAUCGUCACCAGCUUCUUCACCUACAACUGCUUAGCUGAUUCCAGGGAUCUCUACAGCGAGUGUCUACGCACAUUCUGGAGUUGUCCUAACUGUGACCUCUACAUGCCUCUGACUCCACUGGAACGCAUGACGCACGAGGCCUCCUGCAGGCCGGCAGGGGAACAGCAGCAGCUGGAGGAGGAAGAAGCUGGGCGGGAAAAAGCCACCUCAUCCUCAGUGUCCAGUCUCACCAGAGUUUUCCACUGUGAUGUUUGUAAUGAAGACCUUACGCUCACCCCCACUGAGAUCCUCAAACAUAAACGGCAGCACAUGUAUUCUGUUAAGUAGCUCUUUUUUUUGUUCUUCUGCAGAUUCAGAUUUUUAAUUGAAUGUUGUUUUGUACAAAAGCAGUAACUGAAAAUACUUGUCUCAGAUGGUAGUUUCUGUUGAUGUUGCAACAAAUAGAACUGCUGUCUUUGAAUAAAAUAUAUUUCUGAAUCUUUAGUGUUAAAACAAAUCUUUAUAGUGAUAAAUACCUGACCUUGCAAAAGUAGUAGAAAAAACUGAGACUGGGGGAAGAUGAACAGGAAGAAAUAGAAAACAUAAGACAACAAAAUCUAUUAAAGAAAAUAAAGGAUAGAAAUAAAUAGGAAGAAGGAGGUAGAAGAUAUCUUUCCUGUAUCCUCAAAUAUCCUACAAAUAAAUGCCUUUUGAGUUGAAAAUAAGUGACGGAAGACGACACCAAUUUAAAAUAUAGAGUGAGGGUUUAAUAAUGAUACAAACCCACGAUAUGUAACACCUCAAAGCAGCACAUUGGCACAAAGUCAGAAGUAAGACAGCACGGAAGAUAAAAACUUGUCUCAAAAAAAUAAAGAAUCAGAAUAAAUAUCUCAAUAAAUAAAUAAACAGUUAAUAUCUCAUCAAUUACUUUUCAAACUAAUAAAUACAUACAUUACAAAAUAUGCACGUUGGCAGAAAUCAAAA